AUGGAUAUGCAAAAUUUUGUGAAUAAUCUGAAAAGCACCGCCCUCAGUGUGGGCGAAAUGUUCACCCCCGUCCUGAGGGAAAGCAAGUUCCGAGAGACGGGGGUGCUAACACCAGAGGAAUUCGUCGUUGCUGGCGAUCAUCUCGUCCAUCACUGUUCUACAUGGAAAUGGUCAAAGGCUGCCGAUCCUAGCAGGACACGGGCAUACCUUCCCGCAGAGAAGCAGUUUCUCAUAGUACGGAAUGUUCCUUGUCAUAAAAGAUGCCGCCAAAUGGAGUAUGAUCCUAGUCAGGAGAAGAUUCUUUCAUCGCAAGAAAUCGGAGCAGAAGAUGGAUUUGCCGGUGACGAAGAUAGCGGUUGGGUGGAUACCCAUCACUUCGCCCACGAUAGCGUUGAGAUGGGAAGUAUGGAGUUAGGCACAAAAGGACCAGAGCAACCAAGUGUAAACGAUGACGAUGACGGUGAUGAGCCUGCCAUGGAUCUUGAUGAAUUUGUUGAAUCCGGUGGUUUAGAAGAUAUAGAUCCGAACAGGCAUUCCUUUGCUCUAAUUGCACAUAUAAUUUUUUUCAUUUGCUAUGGUCGCUUUUUUUCUGCAUUUUUCAGAUAUGUCUCUCCCCAAGCGGUCACAAUAGCAGCAGAAGUUGAAAGACCCCGUACCUAUGAUUUACACAUUACGUAUGACAAGUAUUACCAGGUUCCACGAUUGUUCCUCAUGGGAUAUGACGAAAACCGAAAGCCACUCACUGUUCAACAAACGUACGAAGACUUUUCGGCCGAUCACGCUCAUAAAACGAUAACUGUGGAAGCUCAUCCACAUAUUGAUUGUGAUAUGCCUACAGUGCAUCCAUGUCGCCACGCUGAGAUGAUGAAACGCCUAUUGGACCAACUCGCUGAAAAUGGCAAAGAGCUCGGGGUACAUGAAUAUCUAUUGAUAUUCCUUAAGUUUGUGCAGACUGUUAUACCAACUAUCGAAUACGACUACACGAGAUCAAUACAAUUGUGA